CUCGCCAGCAGAGGGCGCAGCUCCGUGUAUUUUCAAAGCCAAUUUUGAAUUGACACAGAGGAAGUGAAACAUUCAUCCCUGGGAAUGACCGCAAGGCGUGGGUUAAACAAGUCGUGUUUGUAGCUGUUUGACCGCUUUUCAUUAACAGUCAUUAAAGAGCUUUCACUGAGCUGAAGAUGGACAGAUUUUAGCGAGUCCUGUGUGGAGGACAGGAGGGCAACAGCUGUCCGGCUAACGUUAACCUAGCUAGCAGACAAGCUUCAUGAAUCAAGCCCUGCUAAUAAACAUCACUGAAACACAACUAUACAGAGAGACACACACUGACUGGAUCAUGAACGAUGAUGUGAUGUUAAACGUACCGGUCAUCCGACAGCUGUACCACUGGGAUUGUGGCUUGGCCUGUUCGAGAAUGGUACUAGAGUAUUUAAAUCCAGUAAGUGAUGAGGAAUUUCAGAGAGCGUGUUUGGACUUGGAGUUUACUGAGAGUGUGUGGACUAUUGAUCUGGCUUAUCUCAUGUGUAAGCUGGGGGUCAGACACUGCUUCUGCACACAGACGCUUGGUGUGGACAAGGGCUUCAGGAACCAGUCUUUCUACAAAAAGCAUUUUGACACGGAAGAGGACAGGGUGAAUGAACUAUUUCUGAAGGCUGAAAGCAAAGGAGUCCUGGUGAAAAAAUGCUCUGUUACGGUUCAGGAGAUCCAGAGCCACCUGGAGCAGGGUCAUGUGGCCAUCGUGCUGGUCAACGCAGUGCUGUUGGUGUGUGAGCUGUGCGCCACACCUGUCAAAUACUGCUGUUUCCUGCCUGUGGGUCAGAAGUGCUUUUGCAGGAAGCCAGAUUACCAGGGCCACUUUGUGGUGGUGUGUGGAUUUAAUCGUAAAACUGGCAGCAUCUUCUACAACAACCCCGCCUACUCGGACCGUGUGUGCUGCACAAGCUUUAGUAAUUUCGAGGAGGCCAGAAGAAGCUAUGGAACUGACGAAGAUAUUUUGUUCAUCUACAAAGACGGCUGAGUUUUGACAGCUUCUGAACAAAUAAACAUUCUAAACAA